CAGAUUUCAGGAUGUUGCGUAAACUGAAACAGCAAGUGACACAAGCCGUAAACAGUGUUACUCCUUCCGAGCCUCAAGAUGAACCACUGUUUAAUGAAAGCGGCACAUCUUCAGAAGGAUUCCUCUGUCCCGUAUGCAUGCAUUCAUUUUCUUCUCCAGAUGAGUUGCAGAUGCAUUUUCAAGUGCAUGCAAUUAAGCAGGUCGGAGAGCAAAAAGUCAGUGUUUCCUCCUCAUUUAGUUCACUUGGGAAUGGUUUUAAUGAAUCAGAUGUAGUUCAUCUCGAAUUGAUUAUGAAAGAACUUAAAUCACAAUUGCAAGAUGAGAAGCGCUAUUCAUUGGAACUGAAGAAGGAGCUGAAUAGGUUGCAUGGUCUUAUCGCAGAUCAGUCAGAAAGAUCUGAGGACGAAAUACCUUAUCUUACACAACAAGUGCAGAUGCUCGAAGCUGGCAAAGCAUUAGCAACGGAACGAAUGCUUGAAAUGGAGAAAGAAAAAAGUGGAAUGAGCCGGCAGAUUGAACAAUUGAAGCAGGAAAAAAGUAGGUUGAUCAAAAAAAUUGGAGAACUUACGACGAAUGUUGCCAACAAAACAGAUGAAAUCGAAGAGAAAAAUAAGGAAAAAACCGUUCUGGGUGAUGAGUUGGUGCGCUAUCGGCAAGAGAUACAAAAUUUGGAAGUGGAAAUUGAAGAAUUACGAAAAAAACUCGACCAAAGACCAUCAGAGGAUGACGUCAGCGUGCUUAGGACAGAACUGGUGCAUGCACAGCAGCUGAUGGACACAAUAACACAAGAGAAAGAGGAAGAAAUUAAGAAAGGUAUCGAUACAAUACGUAAUAUGGAGCAAGACCAUAAAAAGUCAACUUGUGAAAUUGAAAUUCUAAAAAGUAGUAUUGAAAUCCUCAAGAAUACGAUUGCCAAAUUUGACGGUGGAUCUAAAAAACUUGUAGAAGAAAUCGACGCUUUUAGAAAAAUUUGGGAAGAAAAAGCAGCAAAUUCAGCUGAAAGAAUCCUUGAUGUUUGUAAGAAGAUUGGCGACUUAGAAAUUACUGUGAAUAAAUGCCGAACGAAAAUCAUAGAUAAUGGAAUUGAAAAGGAUAAAUUUUCGGAACUUGAAGAUUCAAAAAAAUCUUUAUUGGAGAUGGAGAAACAGCACAUGAAUUUACAGCACGAAAUCGUGUUGUUAACGGCUAUGCUCGAUGAACAAAAGCAGAAUUAUGCCGAAAAAGAAGUGCAAACGAUUAAAGACAAAGAAACAAUAAUUGAAUAUCGAAAAGAAGUUGAACAGUUGAAGGAAAAAAUCUUCAAAUUAGAAACUUCCUUGGCUGAAGCAUCCACAAUCGAAGAUGUUUUGAAGCAGAAUUUAAAAAAGGCAAAGGCAAAAGAAUCAUUUUUGAUGCAAAAAAUUUCUGAGGGCAACGGAGCUGAGAAUUUAGCGUUAGAACAAAUGCAUAAGGAGAAAAUGGCACUUGAGGAAAGAAUGGAUGAAUUAAAUAAAGCUUUAAAGUCUUUAAAUAUCUCGCACAAAAAUACAAUAUCUCAGCAUGAAGAAAGAUGGAAAGAAAAGGUUGAGGCUGAAAAAGAAAAAGUGAAGAAGCUGGAAAAUGAAUUGAGCAGUUUGCGCUGUAACUACAUUUCUGCUGAGAAAGAGAAUAAGAAAUUAUCGGUAGUGUUAGAAGAAAAAAUGACGAUAACCGAUGAAAAGAAUAAAAUAAUCGAAACAGAACGUGUCAAAUUGAAGACAGCUAUUGAAAGGCUUGCGCUAGUGGAAGAAAAGGCGCGACAGUUGGAUAACGAAUUGCGUGAAAAAGAAACCAUAGCCAUCAGGCGUAAUGAACAAUGUGUGAAAUUAGAAGAAAUGAUAAAGGAUGUGCAAUCAGAAUUGAAGGAAGUGAAAAUAGCGAAGAAACAGUUAGAAAACGACUUGGUAGAAAAGGAGGAAAAUUCGAGAGAAAAUAUUCACCAAUUGCAGAAAGCAAUUUCUAUAUAUAAACAAGAAAAAAGUGUGCUAAAGGAACAACUUGAAAGUAUUUUGCAGCAGUUUUCUGCUUUAGGGGAAGAGUGUUCGAGACAUAAAGAUAAUGAAGUUGAAUUACUAGAGAACAUGGGCCAAAAAGAACUGUUAAUAGAGGAAUUAGAAGAAAAGACCAGUACUUUAGUGGCAAAGUUGGAAUCUGAAAAACAUAAUCAUGAUGAUUCCAUAAGAGCUUUGCAAUGUGAAUUGAAUCAAAUGCAACAGGAUAAUACGGCGAUAUUGACUGCAAAAGAAAAAGAAUUGGUCACCCAAUUGAAAACAAUUUCUGAAUUGAACGAGAAACUUCAUGCGAAAGAGAAGCAGUCAUUUGACUUAAUGCAAGAGAAGGAAAGGAUACAUAAUGAAUUGCGCUUAAAGGAAGAAGAAAUAUAUGUUCUGGAAAAUGAAGUAUUAAAAUUAAAGAAGCAAAAUUCGGAGUUGCGGAAGGAAUUGGAUCAUCUUGAAAAGUCCAUGUUACAGCUCAGAAAUGAUUUCGAAAAAGAGACUGAUUUGCUGAAAAACAGUUUGGAAAAAUGUAAGAAGGAUAAAGAAGAAAGUUUGUUGGAACUUUGUGUUCAACUGGAAACAGAAAAAAGUAGAUUGAAGGAGGCUUCAAAAGAUAAUGAGGAAAAGGAUGAAAAUUUGAAGCAAAUGAAAAAUGAUUUAGAAAAUGCCAAAGAAGGUUUAAUUGAAUUAAGGAUUAUUCAAAGCGGUAGGUUUUUCUUUUCUCUGAUGCGACUCACUGGAUUCCUUAAUAUUGCUGUUUGUGCACGGAAGAAUGCUUAGAAUACUCUCUUAUUAUUAUUGCUUAUUUAUAAAAUUAAUCUAUUCCUGCAUUGCGGAUUUACCUGCAGAGUUGGAGAAAAGGAAAACAGAGUGGUUACAAGAAAAACGGGCGCUACAAGAAAGGUGUUUAACGGCAGAAAGUGAUCUUGAAUUUGAACGCGAACGAGCUAUUGUAAACAAGAGGAAUUUCGAUGACGUUCAGACUGCUAUCCGAGAACUUGGACAAGUAAAUCAAAAUUUGCAGAUGGAUUUUGCAAAACAGAUAUCACGUAAAUGGUUGGAAGAUUCAGAGGCUACAAAUUGUCAUGCAUGUGACAAACCAUUUACUCUUACAAAUCGCAAGCAUCACUGUAGACAAUGCGGACAAAUAUUUUGUGCUUCUUGUUCAUCAUUUACAGCUAAAAUUACGUCAUCAAGAAAUCCGGUUCGUGUUUGUAAUGCAUGUUAUGAAGAAAUUAUGCAUCGGUAGUCUCGAAUUUUCGGAUUUGAGUCAUAUACUUUGACGGUACUUGCUUUUUUCUAAACCUGUAGUGAUAUAUUUGUUAACUUUUUUCUUGCCUACAGUUAUCAUCAAUUAGAACAGUACAUUUAGUAGUAUUUAUUUGUUGUCUAACUGCACUGUAUAUAUUUUCAAAUAUGAUCAGAAUUUAUUUUAUUUCGCAAACAUUUUUGAAUUUUCUAGAUUUUUCUUUUUUUUGAAAGUUG